GGGGGUGAGGGGAGGAGAGGAGGCGAGGUAAGGAAGGAUGUACCACCAGUAGCAACCAUGGCGGCGUGUGGUGUUGGUGUCUGCGCUGUUGCUGGUCUUCUGCUGGCUGUAGGUGUGGGCGUGCAGGGGAUGCCUACCCCCGUCUCUACACACCGGCGCUGUCCCCCGCACCCCCGCCCCUUCCCAGAGCAGGCGGUGGGGCGGCCCUCUCUCACCCCACCUCACCCCAACCUAAUGGUAACAGUACGUAAGGAUGAACGGGGCGUGGCAGGUGGAGUGAGGCUCGUACCUGCUUAUGUGGAAGACGACGUGUGUGUGGAAGACCCUACGCCCUUCCUAACCUCGAUAUCCAACACCACCACCACCACUGCCACCACCACUGCCACCACCACCACCCUCUGCUACAGUUACACGGAUCUAAUCAUUCCUACAGCCACUUACAAUUUACUAGGCAGUGGUGAUGGCAGGCUGGUGGAGUGGCGGCACGUGUUCAGACGUACUGGUGAUGGUCUGGUCGGGGAUGUGGUGGUGGUGGCGGUGGUGACUGGUGCCUCCCCCCCUAAUGGUGAUGACAUGUACACCACGUCGUUGGAUAAGGUGGCAGUGAGGGAGAUGGUGAAGGUGGUGGAGGGACUUGAGUAUCAGGCCACCUUCAACUUGCGGGACUUGUUGCCCUCACCUGCUGCCAGCCUGCCCUACUACCAGUACAGGGCUAGCGAGGGUGAGCACUGUCUUGACGCCGACUGGAUCCUAUAUGACGCAAAAAUUGGCACAUCACCACUGCUUUUGAAGGCAAUGCAAUCCUAUACUACUACUAUUACUACUACUACUACUAUUACUACUACUACUAUUACUACUACUACUGAUGCUACUACAACGUUACUGUAUUCUGGGUGGAGCCAGCAGGAGGAAGAGAAGACUGGCAAGCUGAGGGGAGUGGAAGCUGCCUUGAGUCUGGUAGGGGUGGAUGCAGGGGUGGAGGAGGUGGAGGACGGCUGGUAUCCACAUUUAGGUCAGGCCCAUCCACCUAGUAAUGAGAUUAUAUUCAAGUUGCCACUUAAUACUACCACUACUACUACUACUACUACUACUUCUGACGGGACUUAUAAGAGAGGUGAAAGACAAGCUGUUACUACUAUGACUACUACUAUGACUACUACUAUUCCUACCACUAUUCCACCUACUGCUACUGUUGCUACGAAUACUUCAAAUACUACUACUACUACUACUGCUAUUACGGAUUCUGCUACUACUACUACUGCUAAUACUACUACUACUACUACUACUACGACUACUACUACUUCUACUACUGACGAUACUAUCCCUGUAAGUCCCGAGGCUCAGAUCGGUUCAACUACUACUACUGACACUACUACUACUACUGCUGCUACUACUGAUCCUACUACUACUACUACUACUACUACUACACCUAACAAUGGCGUGUGUAGUGUAGUGAAUGUGGUGGUGGCAGUGGUGAUGGUGGCUGUAGUGGUGGUGCUGUCUUAACUACUACUAUUACUACUACUAUUACUACUCCUACUGUGUAUUUUAAAUGUUUAAGUAUAUUGCAUGUACCAAAAGUUGUAUUUGAAGUGUUUUCUAUACAAUAUACUUAUAAUUUAACUUGUAUGAUUAUUACUUAAAUAUAUUGUUAGGAGUUUAGCUAA